GUGUUUCAACCUAACUUAUUUAUAAUAUAAAUUAUAUAAAAAAAAAAAAAGAAAGGAAAAUAUAUCUAUAGAUAUUUUCAAAACAAUAAUAAUAUUUUUAUAUAAAUAUAUAAUAAUAAACAGUAUAUAAUACAAUAUAAUAUUAUAAGUGUAUAAAUAAUAUAUUUAUAUAAACAAUACAUAUCUUUUUUUUAAUUAAACAAACAGAAACAAAUUGUUGUAAAAUAAAAUAAUAAUGGAUUCAAGCUUAGGCAGUGCUUACCCAGAUGAACGUAGUGGUCCACCAGAAAUUAGACCAGAAGAAAUUAAUUUUGAAGAGUUAAUUGGUACAGGUAGUUUUGGUAAAGUUUACAAAGGUAGAUGCAGACAAAAGGCUGUAGCUGUAAAAUUAUUACACAAACAAAAUUUCGAUGCUGCUACAUUAAGUGCCUUUAGAAAAGAGGUUCAUUUAAUGAGUAAAAUCUACCAUCCAAAUAUUUGUCUUUUUAUGGGUGCAUGUACUAUACCAGGUAGAUGUGUUAUUGUAACAGAAUUGGUUCCAAAAGGAAAUUUAGAAACACUUUUACACGAUCAAAAAAUUCAAUUACCAUUAUAUUUAAGAAUGAGAAUGGCAAGAGAUGCAGCACUUGGUAUUAAUUGGUUACAUGAAUCCAAUCCAGUUUUUGUACAUAGAGAUAUUAAAUCAUCAAAUCUUUUAGUUGAUGAAAAUAUGAGAGUUAAAAUUUGCGAUUUUGGUCUUAGUGCAUUAAAACAAAAACAUAAAAUGUUAAAAGAUCAAUCAUCAGCCAAAGGAACACCAUUAUAUAUGGCACCAGAAGUUAUGAUGUUUAAAGAAUUUAAUGAAUCAAGUGAUGUUUAUUCAUUUGGUAUUGUAUUAUGGGAAAUUUUGACAAGAAAAGAACCAUUUUCACACCACAGAGAAUUAGAGAAAUUUAGAGAAGCUGUUUGUGUUAAGCAUGAACGUCCACAAAUUCCACCAGAAUGUUUAGAUAGUUUAAGAAGAUUAAUUGAAAAAUGUUGGGAUAAAGACCCAGCAGCUCGUCCAACCUUUAAAGAUAUUAUCAGUUCAUUAGAUCAAGUUAUUAUUGAUGCUGCUAUCUCUGAUAUCCAAGGUAGAGAUUUUUGGAAAAAAAGUUUCCUUACCGAGCAAGAAGUCCCAUGGGAAGCUUUCAUUGAUGCUCUUUGCACAUGGUCAAAAUCAGUAACACGUACUCAAUGUGAUAAAACUUCAAUUGACUACUUAAAUAUUAAAUGUUUAAAGGCUGUUCUCGCAGAAUCACCAAAAUCAGAAGGUACAGGUGUUGAAACUGUUGUAAACAUUGAAAAGUUUGGUAAAAUUCUCGAAUUCUUUGGACCAGUACCAGAGCCAGCACCAGGUCGUUCAAUUAUGGAUACUAUUAGAGAAAUUCUUUCAACAAAAUGGUUCCAUGGUGAUCUCGAUACUACCGAAGCUGCCUCCCGUCUCAAUGGUCAACCAGUUGGAUCUUUCCUUAUUCGUUUCAGUUCAACCAAUGCCGGUUGUUUCACCAUCUCACAAGUUGUCGAAGGUGGUUCAAUUAAACAUCAAAGAGUUUCAAGACAAGGUUCUAAAUUUGUUUACCAAAAUGUUAUCUACAACAACUUAAUCGAAAUUGUCACUAAAAAUGGUGGUGGCACAAAUGGUGACGUUAAACUCGAUGCUGCUUUUGGUGUAACCAAUUAUAAAUUCUUAGCAUUAUUCUGUGUUGUAUCAAAAGAAUCUGAAGUUUAUGGUUAAAAUAAUAAAUAAUAAUAAUAAUAAUAAUAAUAAUAAUAAUAAUAAUAGUUAAUAAAAUAAAUAGUAAUAAUAAAAUAUUUUUUUUCAAUUAUAUAAAUUAUAAUUUAAAUCAUUAAAACUCC